AUGGUCGAAUUCAAUCAAUACGACUUCCAAGCUGAGGUGGCUAACUUUCCAUUUGAGUAUACACCGGCAACAAGAGAUGAUGAGCGUAAAAUCCAAGAGGCUAUUGAAGCCGACAAACGGGAGGACCAGUUGCUGGCAGAGGAUCGCGAUCCGAACGGCGAGUUGCAGCAGAUGUAUGAGUCGAGAAGAGAUGCGAACGACCUGAACGAUUACAUAUUGAAAAUGUAUAAGCAAGGCGCUGCCAAGGGGGUAGCAGUGGUUGAGAAGCGUGGACAGGAAGUGUUCGAGAAGAUGAAUGAGCAUUAUCAGCGGGCCCACAGCAAGUGGACAGAAGUGGUCCAUAAAUUCAACGAAUUCUCAGAGAUUCACAGCGACUGCGAGGACAUCAUGACUGAGCGCAACGAGGCGCUUGAGAAGAACAGCCAGCUGGAAGCUCAAAUCAAGCAGCUGAACAAGCAAUUGGGAGACCACGAGAUGAUCAUCAGUGAGCGCAACAAGGCGCUUAAGAAGAAGAACAAGCUGAAAACUCAAUGCAAGCAGCUGCGCAAGCAAGUGAAAGAUCACGGAAGGAUCGUCAGUGAGCGCGAUGAGACGCUUGAAAAGAACAGCCAGCUGGAAGCUCAAUGUAAGCAGCUGCGCAAGCAACUGGAAGAUCACGGAAGGAUCGUCAGUGAGCGCGAUGAGGUGCUCGAAAGAAACAACCAGGUGUCUUCAGACAUGGACAAAACCGCAUUCAGCAUUCCGCAGCCCGCAGAACAACUGCGCUUGAUGACCACUGAAGAAGAAGAAGUCAUAAAGGACCGGGACCAGUGGAAGGCUGAUUGCAUGAAAGUUUUAUCGAAAGCACAGGCCACAGAGAAGAAUUUACGAGAAGCCAACAAGGCAUUGGAAGAUGAUCUGGCUUCGAAGGUUGCGCUGAUCCGAGAUAUGGCCAACUUACUGGGACCAGAUCACGAGAGCCCGUGUGGCUAA